CCAAGUCUUUGUCCCCGGAACUCUCAGUGCUGGCUAUCCACCGGGAUUUUGCUACACUCGCAUCUGGAUUUCAGUACGCAGGGAAUACAGUUCAGUGUGCCGUCUGAAAAGAAAACGUGAAAACCGAAGAUUUAAGAAAAGAAAAAAAAACUUUUAAAGCAACUUUUUAUCGGUACUGCUUCGGGGGUUCAUCAAGAUCCACAACCGUACGAGCGUAGUACUUUCAACUUGUCUGUAUAUCAUUUUUCCCCAACUAAUGUUGUGUUUUCCUUUUUUUUUAUCGUAACGAGUCUGGAACUCUUUACUAACGUUCAAGGAUAACCUUUUUAUAAACGAACAACUCUCCAAACGUGCGUAUGUUUCUCCCCGACCUCUUGCAGCGCUUCCAAAGUGACCCGAGAAGAACCGUGUCCAUGAAGUAUCCUCGCUAACUCCGAGCCACUGCAGGGAAUGAUCGUGUUUGCGUGAGGAAACUCAACAACGUGGGAGUUUGUUGAAACGCCGUGCUAGUGAAUAAGCGACACGAAGCAUAGCUGUUUUAUUUUUUCCUCUCCUUCUACCCUGCUCGUUCCCCCCACCAUGAAGAAGAUGUUGGUGUUCUCCGCGUUGUACGCGUUAGUCGUGCUUUUUGUUUCCAUCGCCGCGGAGCCAAAGACGAAAAACUGCAAUGACGUUCGGGCUGCUUACAGCUCCAAGGGCUUCAACAGCAACGAUGUUCCCAACAAAGGGGUGCAAGGCGCCCCGCUGAAGGUGUGUCCCCAGGGCUUCUCCUGCUGCACCGUGGAGAUGGAGGAGAAGCUCAGCCAGCAGAGCCACUCGGACCUGAAGGCCCCCAUCUCCGAGCUCAGCUCCAACCUGCAGAGCACCUUCAAGCAGAGACACCAGCACUUUGACCAGUUCUUCCGCGAGCUGCUGGAGAACGCCGAGCGCUCGCUCAACAGCAUGUUCGUGCGCACGUACGGCAUGAUGUACGUGCAGAACGCGGAGCUCUUCAAGAACUUCUUCGCCUCGCUCAAGCGCUACUACCUGCUGGGCAGCGCCGGUGUCGACCUGGACGCCAUGCUGUCGGAGUUCUGGGCCGACCUGCUGGAGCGCAUGCUGCGGCUGGUCAACGUGCAGUACGACUUCACCAGCUCCUACAUGGAGUGCGUCAGCCGCCACACCGACCAGCUGCAGCCCUUCGGCGACGUGCCGCGCAAGCUCCGCCUCCAGCUGACGCGGGCCUUCGUGGCGGCACGCACCUUCACCCGCGGCCUGGCACUCAUGCCCGAUGUGGUCAACCGAGUGUCCACGGUCACGGCGUCUCCCAGCUGCGUGCGGGCCUCCAUGAAGAUGCUGUACUGUCCCUACUGCUCGGGCCAGGUGGCCCUGAAGCCCUGCCAGAACUACUGCCUCAACGUGAUGCGGGGCUGCCUGGCCAACCAGGCCGACCUGGACACCGAGUGGAACAACUUUGUCGAUGCCAUGCUCGGUUUGGCAGACCGGCUAGAGGGGCCCUUCAACUUUGAGUCCGUCAUGGACCCCAUCGACGUGAAGAUCUCCGAGGCUAUCAUGAACAUGCAGGAGAACAGCAUGCAAGUGUCGCAGAAGAUCUUCCAGGGAUGUGGUCAGCCCCGGCCAGCCAAGGUCCCCCGGUCACAGCGCUCUGUGAAGGAGACGGGUUUCACCGGUCGCUUCCGCCCCUACAGCCCCGACGCCAGGCCCACCACGGCAGCCGGAACCAGCCUGGACCGACUGACGACCGAUGUAAAAAAGAAGCUGAAGUUCGCCAAGAAGUUCUGGUCCACUCUGCCGGACACGGUGUGCGACGGGGAGAGAAUAGCACCGGGCGACGAGUGCUGGAACGGAACCGCAAAAAGCCGAUAUGACGCCGUCGUCAUCGGCAAUGGCCUAGCCAAUCAGGUGUCGAACCCAGACGUGGAGGUGGACAUCACGAGGCCCGACGUGGUCAUUCGCAGUCAAAUAGCCGUCCUGAAGGAAAUGACCAGCUGGCUGAAGGCAGCACACAGCGGGAAUGACAUCUCCUUCGAUACCGGGGACGAGGCCAGCGGCGCGGAGGGCAGCGGCAGCGGCUGCGACUCGCCGACCUGCGAGACGGACCGUGACAUCUACUUCUCCACCCCGGCCAACCCGGUCGUGCCCCGCGUCAAGAUGGUGGUUGUGAAGAAGGAGGGGUCCACGGCCCACCGCGCCACGCUGGGCAGCUGGGCGCUAGCGGCCUGCGGGCUGGCCCUGCUCGCUCCCCACUGGAGAUAGAAGCAGACGGGAGGCCCAGAGGGGAAACGAGAGCGCCAGGAAGGAAGAGGAAGAAGAAGAAAACGUACGGAACGAAGGGGACAUCUGUCAGAGAACUUUUGAGAAAGAAAAGACUGCCUUCAGGAACCUUGGUCUGUCCGCCCUUUGUGGGGGGGGGGGGGGGGGGGGGGGAAGGGGAAGACUCUUAUUAAUAUUACAAUAUUACAAUAACUUCAGUUUUAAUUAUUUGUUUAUAUAUUUUUUAAGGACAUCGAUGUACAGCGAUAUGAUUUCCAAAAAAGAAAAAAAAUGUAGUGUUUUCCAAGAACGCUUCGAUGCUCGCAGCCCUUGAGAGCUCUGAACACUCGACGAUUGGACACGGUAUAGGAUUGUUUCAAUUAGCAUUUUAAUCUAAAAUGAUCGUUUAUCUGAACCUAAACCAUUGUGGCCUGAGCAAUCAGAAUAGGAAGCAACUGAACAACUUUUUUUGAAACAAUGGAAUUGUGUGGUAUUUCCCAAAUAUCAAACACAAACAGCCCCUCCAUCUACGUUUAGCAGGGUAUAAUUCUGUGUGCCUAUGAAAUGGAAAACUAUUGCUUCCAAUUCAGAUAUCAGCCAGUCGGUACUUGUAGGCUAGUUUGUUGUAAGAGUAUUUAAAAAUACUGAAAAAGGAUCACCGUAUCAGGUUUUUACAGUUGCACUGGAGAGCUGCUUACUGCCUCUUCCAGAGCUACAGAAAGCAACAUUACCAAACAAGCCUCCCAACGGUUUUACCUAGAGAUGCAAUCAUUCUUUGGGAAGGCAUUCAUGUGCCUUAAUAUGUAUACAGUAGUUUCUAAUAACAAGUUAUUUCAACCUUAACGCCAGCUUUUAUCUAUCAACAUCUCUUUUUUUAAGUAAAUAGAAACCAUUUUGGAAAUUUAAAAAUAAUACCUCACAGUCAUUAAACAUCCAUCAACGAUCGUGUUUUAGAUGUAACGGCAAGCUCGGUGUUGGUGUUAGUGGCGUGCGUUUGAAUUUCUUAGGAGGACCGGCCCUCCCUAGGCAUUACCCACCCUCUAAGGAGACUGGGUUCACUACACAAUUGCUGACUGCCCUUCGGUACCGUUGUAUCAGUUGUACACUGACCUGAUGCGAUUCUUGCGUGUCAAGAGAGACAAGAAAGAGGACGGUGAGCGGCAUGUCCAAUGAUAUCUGGGAUGGGGGUGGGGGAGGAACAAUAGUUAAUAUGGCUCUGGAGGUUUUCAUCAAAGUACAACAAAACGACAGACUAUUUUGACCACAGGGUUUGAUGUGGAGAAAGUGUUGUAAUUUCUAGAUCUGUUUUGGAAUGAAGAUAUAUAUUAGGUACUUCAGUGUCUUUUUAAUGUUGGCUUUCUUUUUUGGAGCUGGUGGGACUGAUUGUGCACAGAUUUGGGGGCGGUGUACACCGAUUUUGCCUCUGCCCCCCUUUCCCAUCCCCCGUGUACACAAAUGUACCUCUGUAGGUGAUUUCAGUGUGAAUGGACUCCUUUCUGAAAGCCUUUGGUGCUCGCGUCAUGCCAUUCCAAAUGAACACGUGGAACCGGUUGACGUUUAAUCAUGACUUCCACCAGAGCGGAGCCGAUGCAGGUGUCGGUGAGGUUGAAAAACCUUUGGUACGUCGUCAACUAAUUCUUAAAGGCUAAACAAACAAACAAAAAAAAGAAUGUAGGUUUUAAUGACUAGUCAAUGCAGUCUCUUGUAUUUGUUGUCUGCUUGAUCACGCUUCAAGGUGUUUUUGUACUAGGUUGCACUUGUAGCCAAGUGGCAAGAACAAUGUAAGGUUUUUCUUUUAAAUUGAUAUCCUGUCAGUUUCAUAGCCCGGGUCUUUUCACCUCUCACAUUACAUGGUGCCGAAAAUAGCUUUUUGUGUACAGUAAGUUAUGCAUGUUUUGUUAAGCGAUGCCUUUGCAAAAGUGCUUCCAGAAGGGACAAAAUUAGCUAAAACUUACAGUAUUCCACAUGCAUCCACCAUUCAGAUAAAAAUGAUACAUGAAGAUUGAAAAGUGCUGGCAUAAGACAUUUUGUUAGACAUUUUGAAUCAACGCAUUAUAUUUAAUGCAGGUUAAAAUAAUAGAGAAAAUCUGUUUAGACUUUUUACGGUUUUAUUCCAUUGAUCCCAACGGAAAGGGAGAGAAUGUGAAUGAAACCAGUUAAGGACUCUCCCAUCCAGCUGGGAGGGAUGGGAGAAUUUAAAACAACCAAGCAGCAGAAACACCUAUGCAACCCAUCACAGAAUGUCUUGAUAUGGCAGGUUGGUUUGGUGGUGGGCCCUCUCAUUAGAAUGUUUCAGUGCCUACGUUCCCAUGACCCACCAACAUUUCUGCAAGGGCAUGUGCAUAUUGUAGUUGUUUGUGAGAGGGAGCCGGAUCUGUAAGUAACGAAGCAUGAAUCUCUCCCAAAAGCGGCGAGGGGAUGUUCUGGGUAGCGAUAGUUAAAUGUCUGUGCUUGCGGGCCAGGGCAGUCACAUUUCCCCCAGUGGAUGUAAGUUAAGGAUUGACUUGUUCAUGUGAACCAGCGGGGAGCUGGCUGGGGGAAGCCUUCCGCCUGCCUGUGGCCCUCAAGGACAGAAAGUUGUACUCGUACACUGAGGAGUGGAGAGAAUGGAGUGACUGAACAAGAGUUAAAGGAGAAAAAACAAUGUAAAUAUUGAGCAACCUUUUUAGAGGUCUCUUAAAGAGGCUAUAACAGUUCAUGAGAUUUUUACUUGUCGGAGUACUUCCUAAAUGUUGUGGGAAACAAGAUGAGGUAGAUGUUAAAUUGUAAGAGAAAAGGUAUAUUAAGCAUCAUUUCCUAGUCUUGUUGAAAUAAAGACUGUCAAUAUUUAAGCAAA